AUGGCGCUCACAGUAACACGACUUAGCCUGCGACGGGUUUGCGCCGCCCGACAACGGCCAUUGGCACAAGCGCGACGAUGCUUAGCGACGCAUUCAUCUCAUGUCGCAUUGAGUCCUCUUGAGCCAUACAAUGCUCUUGAUUAUACCUCGCGACUCGAAUCCCUCCGCCGCGUCCAAGGCGCUAAUAAACGACCCUUAACCCUCUCCGAAAAGCUCCUCUACAGCCACUUAAUCCACGACAACGAUGAUUGGGUCCUCGACCAAAUAGAGCGAGGAAAGACAAUCCUCCGCCUACGACCCGACCGCGUUGCUUGCCACGAUGCGACAGCGACAAUGGCUCUUCUUCAAUUCAUCAGCGCUGGUCUGCCCAGAGUCCAAGUACCCACAUCCGUUCACAGUGAUCAUCUCAUCGUGGCAGAGUACGGAGCGAAGAAAGACCUUGAGCGCGCUGCGGGUGAUCAUCGCGAAGUUUAUGCCUUUUUGAGCAGUGCCGCAAAGAAAUAUGGUAUUGGGUAUUGGAAACCUGGUGCGGGUAUUAUACACACUACUAUCUUUGAGAACUACGCUUUCCCGGGUGGUUUGUUCAUUGGUACAGACUCACAUACUCCUAACGCUGGCGGAAUGGGUGUUCUUGGUAUUGGAGUUGGCGGCUCCGAUGCUGUCGAUGCGAUGGCCGGAAUGCCAUGGGAGCUUGUCUGUCCGAAGGUCUUGGGAGUUCGGCUUACAGGAAGCUUGUCGGGAUGGGCCUCUUCCAAGGACAUCAUCUGCAAGCUUGCUGGCAUUCUUACUGUCUCUGGUGGAAAGGGCAAGGUCAUCGAGUUCUUCGGUCCGGGUGCUGAGACAUUGGGCGCCACAGCCAUGGCGACUGUUUGCAACAUGUCUGCUGAGGUUGGAUCAACAUCAUGCAUCUUCCCUUACUCACAAGCCAUGGCACGAUAUCUUGCAGCGACUAAGCGAGAAGAUAUCGCACGCUAUGCUGACGGUUUUACUGAGACAUUGCUUACUGCCGACCGUGGCAGUGAGGACUACUACGACCAGGUCAUUGAGAUUGAUCUCUCAACGCUUGAACCUCACAUCAACGGCCCCUUCACCCCCGACCUCUCACAUCCCUUGUCCCAGUUCAAGACACGAGUUCAGGAGAGUUCCUGGCCCUCUAGGAUCAGCCAUAGCAUGGUUGGCAGCUGCACGAACAGCUCAUACGAGGAUCUCGAGAAGGUCUACGACUUGGUUCAACAGGCCAAGAAGGCAGGCAUCGACCGGCCCAGAACACCGUUUAUGGUAAGCCCUGGCAGCGAACAGAUUCGUGCAACUGCAGAGGAGAGCGGUAUCCUACCUAGUCUAAGGGAGGCUGGAGCUGUUGUUCUCAGCAACUCUUGCGGACCCUGCGUUGGGCAGUGGGACAGGAAGGACGUGGAUGUUGCUGGAGCAGAGGACAACUCGGUCAUUUCCAGCUUCAAUCGCAACUUCACUGGUCGCCAUGAUGGAAACCCCGCGACACAUUCCUUUGUCACAUCUCCGGAGAUCGCCACUGCUUUCGCUUAUGCCGGCGAUUUAUCCUUCAAUCCCAUGCACGACACCAUUCCCAUUGACGAGUCCGGCAGCUCCAAACACUUCCGAUUCACACCACCUGUAGCCAACGAGCUUCCAGAAAGCUUCAUCGCUGGUAGCGAUCUGUUCCAGCCACCUGUUUUAGAAGAUACCUCAGAUUACAAAGUUGCCAUCGAUGAAGGCAGCGAUCGCCUGGAACUUCUAACGCCCUUUAAGCCCUGGAAGCCAGGCCAAGCAGAAAACAUGGAAGUCCUUAUCAAGGUCUCAGGAAAGUGCACCACCGAUCACAUUUCUCCCGCGGGGCCAUGGUAUAACUAUCGCGGUCAUCUGUCCAACAUCAGUCAUAACAUGCUCCUCGGCGCAACGAAUGGAUUCCUCCCUGAUGCCAGUUCACUAAGCAUGACUGGCAAGACACGAGAUCCUACGGACGGUACCAUCAAGUUCGUUCACAAGGCAGCGAGGACAAUGAAGGACGCUGGUAUUAGAUGGUGUAUCAUUGGUGACAACAACUACGGCGAAGGUAGUUCUCGGGAGCAUGCUGCGCUAGAGCCCAGGUUCUUGGGCGGUGUGGCAGUCAUCGCAAAGAGCUUUGCUCGAAUCCAUGAGACGAACUUGAAGAAGCAGGGGAUGUUUCCGUUGACGUUUGCAGACCCAGCAGACUAUGACAGGAUACAGGAGGGUGAUGUAAUAAGUUUACUGGACGUUGAUGGCGAUGCGCUUCAGCCGGAGAAGCAAGUUACGAUGAAGGUGGUGAAUAGGGAUGGGACUGAGUGGAUGGCGCAGCUGAAUCACUCAUAUCAUACGCACCAGCUUGCCUGGUUACGUGCCGGAAGUGCUCUAAAUCACGUCAAGAAGACGAUCUUAGGCAGCGCGGCUUGA